CUGGUUGGCAGUUUUCUCCUGCAAAAGAUGGAGAACGUGAUGACCAUGACCAAGCCAUUCAAAUCAAAAACAUUCUUACUUGUUUCCCUCAUCAUACACCUCCAAUCCACCUGUUGCACAGAGAUGCCCUCGGAUGACUGUGGGCUUAAAACGUGUCCAGAAGGUCAAAUCUGUGUUGAAGCCUCUGCAGAUUCUAAGAGCUCCUGCGCUUGUGCUCAAGGAUACCAAGGCAGUGCAUGUGACCAGGACAUCAAUGAGUGCUCAGCAGGCUGGACUGGAAAGGACUGCAGUGAGAACAUUGAUGACUGUGUAACUGCAGCUUCUGCACACGGAUCAACUUGCCAUGACAGAGUUGCUUCGUACAUCUGUGAAUGUCCACCAGGACGCACUGGUCUGUUGUGUCAUAUAAUUGAUUCCUGCAUAACCAAUCCAUGUCCACAAAGUAGCCAUUGCCUCACCAACCCAAUAAAUGGGGAGGCCGUUUGCAAUUGUCAUGCAGGAUAUGUGGGUCCCCACUGCAACAUAGACGUAGAUGAGUGCGACCAUCAUAACCCAUGUGAGCAUGGAGGGCGCUGCAUCAACACUGUUGGGUCCUUCUCCUGCCAGUGCCCAGUUGGUUACACGCGCUCACGCUGUGAGUUAGACAUUAACGAGUGUUUAUCCAAUCCCUGUCCAAACGGAGCAACAUGCCUUGACCAGAUUGGAAAAUACACAUGUGUUUGUCAUCCAGGUCAGAACUGCACAGAGAAGGACUGCUUUGCUUGGUGCAAAAAUGGGGGACAGUGUGUAAGAACAGAGUCAGGGAGUCACUGUGAAUGUGCAAAUGGCUGGACUGGAGAGGACUGCAGUGAGAACAUUGAUGAUUGCGCAACUGCAGCUUGUGCCGUGGGAUCAUCUUGCCAUGACAGAGUUGCUUCAUUCUACUGUGAAUGUCCACCAGGACUUACUGGUCUGUUGUGUCAUUUAGAUGAUGCCUGCAUAACCAAUCCCUGUCCACAAGGUCGCAAUUGUGACACAAAUCCAAUAAACGGGAAAGCCAUCUGUACCUGUCCUGCAGGAUAUGUGGGUCCCCACUGCAGCAUGGAGAUAGAUGAGUGCAUUUUAUGA